CUCUGCUGAAAGCUCUUCAAGAAGGCACAGCAAAGUCCUUGCCUCCUGGCACCAUGAGUUGGCAGAAGCUGCUGCUGUUGGGGUUGAUUCUCAUCCAGGCCAACGCCAUUUUGUUCUGCAGUGCUGAAAUUGGGGAUAAUGGCAGGCAGACCCCUGCCAUUGGGCAAUCCAGCUCAUUCCCAGAAAGGAGGAGUUUUCCUCCACUGCUUGCUUCAAGCCCCCUGAAUUCCUCUCUUCCAGAUGUUGAGUCGGAAGCUUCAGCAGUACAAAUAGGCUCUGGAACACCACAAGUGACUGACCAAACCACUCCUCCUAGUUCCUCAGGUGGCCAAACAUCUGGCCAUGCAUCAACCUCGGCUACCAGCGUGACACCUGCAAAUCCCACACAACUUACCAGUGAUGCUGUAAUACCGACCACUCUGGAAGCUACAGGGAGAACAUCUGGGCAGCCUGAAUCACAAACAGACCAAACCAGAGUUCGCACAGUCCUGCAUACAGCUGCUCCUCAAAAAACCGCAUCGGAACCUAGGCCUCCACAACAUCAGGAAACCACGGGGCACCCACUGCCAUCAACAACAGGAAGUGCCAAGGCUGCAAAUGAGACCACCCCCAAGCCUAUCACCUUACAGACGACAAACUGGACUGUGAGCUUGCAGACAGUGAAUGCAGGGACCUCGAGAAACACGGCGUCUGCUCCGGAACAGAAUAAAACCACAACUACUUUGCCGACAACCUCACUGCAGCCCACCCUCUCACCGAAAUCAGCCCCAGCUGCAACUGGGGUUUACAGUGUCGAGAACGGAACUGUGGAUUGCAUUAAAGUCUCCAUGGGAUUGACCAUCGUAGUUCAAAAUGGCAAAACGAAGGAAACCGAGUAUCUUAACAUCGACCCAAACGCCACGCAGACAUCGGGAAGCUGUGGAAACCUGCAGUCGACCCUGAAUGUUACUUUCCAUGGUGGUUUCAUUCGCUUUACUUUCAAAAAGGCUGCAGAUGUAUAUUAUGUCUAUGUGAUCGAAGCCAGUUUAAGGGUACCUUCUGAGGGGUCGCCGUACUAUGGAAUCAAAACUGUCCAGCUCUUCACAACUCCAACCGGUAGCUCUUUUAAAUGCUUCAGCAAGCAAACCAUAGACAUGGACAAAAACUUUCUGCUGCAGCCUGUCAAUACCCAACUGCAAGCUUUUGACAUUGUCGGAAACCAGUUUGGGAAAGCGGAAGAAUGCGCUCCAGACAGAAACAAGAGACUAAUCCCAACUGCGGUAGGCCUCAGCCUGGGAGGGUUAUUGGUCAUUGUCAUCGCCACCUGCGUGAUUUUCAGCAGAAAACCCACCAGAGGAUACCAACACAUCUGAUUGGCCACUUUGCUGCUGAAGAAUGUACCCAGCGAAUAAGGUACCAACCUCCUGGCGGGGCCUGGAGAGCUCCUGGAAUUACAACCCAUCUCCAAACUACAUAUAUCGGUUCCCCUGGAGAAAAUACCAGAGGGCAGACUGUGUGGCGCUGUGCCCCACUGAGCUCCCGCCCCUUCACAAACUCUGGCAUCCCUUGGAUUUAUACCUGUAUAUAAAGCUGCUUCUUUCCAUAUUAUCAAUAUUUCCUCCUAUCCUAUUCCACUGAGGGGUUUAAUAAAAUUCUUCUAUUUGUUGAACUUUU